UGAUUAAACUACGAUCAAUGGAUUAUGACGUAUUUAAUACUAUAUUGCAGCUAUAUUUGGCUUGUGUAUAUUUUAAGUGGUAUCGAGCCAUUGAAAAUAUAUGAUGGCGAUCACAUUGACUGUCGUUUCUGUAUUUUAUAAACUGUAUUGAGUUCAUAUGUAUUUUCUGAAGGGAUUUGAAAGUAAUUUAUUGAACAAUAUUUUUUGAGGAGGUACGUUUUUCAACUUCUUUGAGUUAAUCGAUAAGGGACAUACUUUGGAUCUACAUACCUACAAGGAAGCAACAUGACGAAUCCUUUUCUCCAAGCAGAGUUUCACCAAUUAUGCGAAAAUAUUGCAGUGUUAGCCAGUUCUACGUCAAGCCCAGAGGAGAUUUUGGAUUGGCAGAGGUGUGUCGACAGUUACGGUGAAACUGCGUGCAAAAAUUGUUAUGAUACUGGUAAGAGUGCACAGCAACCACCAACGACUAAAAGAAGUAGUACAACAGAUAAGAGUGGCCAAUAUUACCCACCUACGUCCAAAGGAACCACUACGCCAACAGCAAGAGCUACAACUCCAGUUGUAAAGACCUCAAAACCCUCUACCAAAACAUAUACCCAAAAGCCGGUCACAGCCACAAAUGCAGGUCCACCGAUCAGAACUACUGAAGAGCGAGCUUUUUCGAUCACCAGCACAGGAAAUAAACCAAAUGUUACAGGAAAUAAACCAAAUGGCACACAAAUGACAUUUGUCAACGGUGGAAAUGAUGGUGUAAACACAUCACUCAUAAUCGCAGUCUCUGCGACAGCAUUUUUAGCAUCUGUCGUCCUGGUUAUCGUAUUAGUGGGACUAUACAGACGACGGAAAAGAUCAAUCGAUGACGGUAGUAACAGAAAAAUGACGAAAACAACAUUUGGUGUGGCCAACAGUGCUACGUUGCAGAGUCAAGCUGAUAGUGCAUAUUCUACUUACAUACCAUAUUCUCAACAAGGUACUUUACCGGCAAUUCCCGUCAAUCCCGAAACGGGGUACACUUACUAUCUCUCCGAUUACCAACGUCCGUACACAAGUCUACUACACAAUAAUAAACACAAACUAACAGACAACAGUCCAGAGUAUGCUGUCCCGACACCAAAGCAUGACCGUAAUAGAUUCUACGAAACGCCGGCCGAUGACGACAACGCGAAAACUCGACGAGAUAUUCAAAGUCAGGCCUCAACCAGUGACGGAUACGCGUAUCCAGAUUUGACCAAACCUGGGAAUGGUUGGCCAGCGGUAGUUGGUCGCCCACCGGGUCCUUAUUAUCAUACAAUAUAUGCAUCAUCGUCAGAAUACGAUGCCACAGAAGUUGACAAUGUCAGUGCCAGAAGCUAUCCUGAGAGUAAGGUUAAGGAAAGUACUUUCAGAUCACAAAAUGAUGUCACGAACCCAUCAAAGACCAGUCAGAGAGUGGAGUCGAUCAGCAUGUUGGGAGACUCAGCAGACUAUCAAGAUGUUGAGGAGCAGUUUGGGACGCGCUACCUCUUACCACAUCAAUUUCUGCAACCUGGAUCGUCUCUGGACAGAGAAGCAGCGGCUCACCUGGACAGAGACAUAGGUUUAUCGGCUACCAAUAUGGACAGUGCAACUACCCUGGACAUAGACGCUGCAGACUAUCCAAACGAAGAAACGAUUAUCGACAACGAAUCCGAAUAUCAAGAUCCUGAAAUGGCAUUUCGAACAGAAUGAAGGUGAAGCGUUGUCAUCGUCCAUUUUAUUAAUGACAACGCUCAUCUUUACAGGGGUUGACGCAAAUCAAUUUUCAGUCUGUAAUUUUUUGUUCACUCCAGAGCAUUUAGACGCGAUGCAAACAAGUAACGCAUUCUUGCGUUUGCAACUCGUCUAAAUCAGUACCGUAGAGUAACGAUGGGGCCAGGGCCCUGUGGCUUUCUGAAACUGGGUGUUCUUUUUGGGUCCCGGUCGCCAAUUCUAUCGUGGAAUUUUCAAUGUGCUCGUUUUUUAAUCAUUGCUCGUUUUUUAAUUAUGUUAACAUUGUUAUUCUAAAUGUUUUAACGACGAAAAAAUGAUAUAAAUUUGAAAUAAAUUGGCCGAAGUUGGAGUCUAUGCGGUACUAUACCUCACACAGACAUAAAAUGUGAAUAUAAUUUUCUGUUUACCUCCAUUUAAAAAUAUUUAGGAAAAUUUAGUAGGGCCCCGGGCCGGUAGGACUCCCUCUUUGUUCUACCACUGCAUAUAAUAUGAUAUAAUUAUGUACUAUAGUUGAUUUCAGAGACACAUUAUGCUGUUGCCUUGGUGGGGCUGAGUUUAAGACAAUUUAUGAUUAUGGCACGUCUACAUAGCCAGAAAGGGCACUCACAGACUUAAAAUUGUGAAUAUAAUUUUCUUUUAUCUCCAUUUUACAAUUCGUUAACAAAUUUGGUGGGGUCACUUGCCAACAGGAUCCCCGCCCAUUAAUCCACCACUGGAUAUAAUAUAUACAAUACAGUCAAUUUCAGAGACACAUUAUGGUGUUAUGUAUCAACAAAGUCUUUUUUGGCCAGGCUGCUAGACCGAAGAAUCUAUGGUUGGGUCCCAUCGGGGCUACGAGGGGUCGGGGUCCCUGCAUGUUGCCGCAUGAGAGCGCAUAAGUGUUACGCCACUGGUCUAAAAACAGUUCCACUGACCGCUGAACUACCAACUUUUUACUGAAAGACGAUGUUGUUAUAUAACAGUAACGUCACUUUAGGCGAUCAUUAUUUGAUCUGUGGUUCAAUGAAAUAUUACAAGGAGUUACUACAAUUAUAACAAUAUCAUGAAGUCAACGCAACAGCAAAUGACGUGUGCAAGGUAUAAUGUACAUGUUGAUAAAUAAGGUUCAUUGACUGGCAUAUAUAAUGGGCUAUAUUAUUCAUUCAGGCACUAAUAGAGGCUAACAAAACACCUUAUAUACCGUAUAUGGUCUCGUGUUUUCUAACGGUAUGAUUCUCGCCUUGAUAGCGAGAGACUGCAGAUUCGAAUCCCGAUAGAGACACUUUUUAUUAAACAACUUGAAUGCAGGCUUGAUAUAAAUAUAACAUCUUAUGUUCCUAUUCGAUCACUAUUAUUAUUAUAGUUGAUCUAUUUGUUUAUAAAUUUAUGUAAACUGAACUAAAAUACGAAUAUGAAUACGAAUUUCCAUGACUACUUUUGUCCAUAUACGUUUUAUUUGUACAGCGAUAACACAUACACAGUUACA